AUGCACACUAACAACCACAACAACUCAGAAGGUAGCAGAAACAACACCGCCACCACCACCAUGAGCAUUCUUUCUUCCAGAACAAGCUCUCGUUCUGUAACCGAAACCGUAAACGGUUCACACAAGUUCGUAAUUAAGGGAUACUCUCUUGCGAAAGGGAUGGGAGUUGGAAAACACAUAGCCAGCGAAACUUUCACCGUCGGUGGUUACCAGUGGGCAAUUUACUUCUACCCCGACGGUAAAAACCCCGAGGAUAAUUCCGCUUAUGUUUCCGUUUUCAUUGCUCUUGCUUCUGAAGGAACCGAUGUUCGUGCUCUUUUCGAACUCACUUUGCUUGAUCAGAGUCCCAAUGGAAAGCAUAAGGUUCAUAGUCACUUUGAUCGAUCUCUUGAGAGUGGUCCUUAUACUCUCAAGUAUAGAGGCAGCAUGUGGGGAUAUAAGCGGUUUUUCAAGCGUGCUCAACUCGAGGCAUCAUCCUUUCUUAAGGAUGACUGCUUGAAGAUAAAUUGCACUGUUGGUGUUGUUGUGUCGUCCAUAGAUUGUUCUAAAUUGACCACCAUACAUGUUCCUGAAUCUGAUAUUGGAUCGCAUUUCGGCAUGCUGUUAGAGAAUGAGGAAGGAUCUGAUGUUACUUUCUCUGUUGGCGGUGAAAGGUUUCACGCACACAAACUUGUUAUGGCAGCCCGGUCAACUGCAUUUGAAACUGAGUUUUUCAAUAGGAUGGAGGUAGAUGACUGUGAUGUCGUUGUUACAGACAUGGAACCUAAGGUUUUCAAGGCUUUGCUUCAUUUUAUUUACAGAGACGCUCUUAUAGAAGAUGAAGAGUUCUUCAUGUCAGGUUCAUCGUUUCUGCCUUCAAUAUCUGAAACAUUUGCAGCAAAGUUAUUAGCGGCUGCCGAAAAGUAUGACUUGCCUAGACUUAAGCUGAUGUGUGAGUCUGUACUUUGCAAAGACAUAUCUAUAGAUUCUGUUGCCUAUAUUCUGGCUCUUGCCGAUCGCCAUCAUGCUACGGAGUUAAAGUCCAUCUGUCUACAAUUUUCGGCUGAAAACCUUAUUGCUGUGAUGCAGUCUGAUGGUUUUGAGUAUCUUAAGGAAAACUGUCCGUUAUUGCAAUCAGAACUGCUUAAGACAGUUGCAGGAGGGGAAGAGGAAUUUAGCGGAGAAGGAAAAUGCCGAAGUGUGUGGGCCCAAGUUUCCGAUGGCGGUGAGACUAAUGAUAGAAGUGUAAGACAACAAACCUGGGAAAACGGAGUUGAAAGAGGUCAAAGCUUAUGGGUUAACCUCUCUGAUGGCGUUAACAAUGAUAGGAGUCCAGGGCAAGAAGCUUGA